CUACUUUCAGUUUUUAACAUUUUACGAUGAUAUCAUCAAAAAAAAAUUAACAUCAUUCGUCGAAAAGCAAAUUAACUCCACAAAUCUUUGCAUUUGUCCUGGGAUAAAUCUCCCAAAAAAAUCAACACCAAAAAUCCCUCCCACAAAAAAUAAAAUCAACAAAACACGUCUCCACACCUCCCCAAACCUCACCCACCAAGGAGUGGUCCUCCACGCUUCAAUAGCGCUCAUUCUCCAACGAAAACUGACGGCGGACGAGCGUCUUCGUCAGACACAAUAUGUCCCUAGCAGAAGGCGCAUCAGACACCGAGCAUACAGCCAGCAGACAGGAGGAAGACAAGUCGCAGACACCCACGGGCACCAAGAAGAAGAACAACGAUAAAGGAAGACAGAUGUCAGACUCUUACAUGUGGAAGGAACAGAUCCAUACUCUGAUGAAGGGCGGAGAGAGUGAGUCCGAUAUCUCGGACUCAGAGCACUUCCUGACCAAGGGCGCUUUCCUCCUCACUCCCUCGCACGGCCUCAGCAUGGAGAAGGCUUCAGCCAUUUGCGAGAAGAUGGAGUUCAAAGGCUGCUUCUCCCUCACGAAGACCGCUACCGGCAUCCUCUUUAAAUUCUCCAGCGUUGAUGACUACCAGAUGGUCUUCAAGAAAGGUUUCCAUAAAGUUACCGGCUCCAGGUUCUAUAGGAAGAUCGCGAUCCCAUGCAGGCCUCAGAAGACGUUCACGAUCUACGUGUACGACAUCCCGGACGAGGUGCCGGAGGAGGACGUCCGACACGCCCUCUACAAGUUCACCUCCGUCGUCGAGGUGGUCAGGCUGCACUUCAGCGGCUCGCCCAAGGAUGGAAACACUGGUUGGUACUCUAUAGGAACCUCCACUCCGAAGCCGUUGGAGAAGACAUCCUCCCGCGCCCUCACGACCAUUGACGGCGAGCUGGUCAGCAGCAUGAUCCCGAAGGAGGCCACCAGCGUCAUCCGCGUCACCCUCGCCAGCAUCGAGGAAGCCAACAUCCUGCUGCAGAACGGACUUGACUUCUACGGAGCCACGUUCUUUCCUACUGAACUCGCGACUCCGGCGCAGGCCGCGAAACUUAUCAAGCCCAGCAGUUUGGUUGUCCCCAGGGUCACGGGAGGAACCGUCUCGGCCAGGGUACGUGAUCUUCUGCCAGUGUUCGACCAGCAAGGCUUCACCAAGUUCGCCCCACCAGCAUCUCGGCUGGUCAAGCCAAGGUCCAAGUAAACCACGAACAUCUCACCUGUCAUUGGACGAAAUUUUACGAAUCACUGAGAACUACGACUGCGCUGUUGCCAGACUUCGCUUUUGGGAUUCAAAACACAUUUAGACGUGUCUGAUAUCGCCAAUGACAGGACAUCAAUGGAAGAACGCUUUGGAUAUGGAAAACGAAACGAAAAUAAUAACAAACAAUUAAAUUUUCAUUAAGGAUGAUUGUAUUAAUAUAACUAAUAAUGUACAUACAAGAAAUUACAAAAAAAACAAGUUCAUUUGAUUCCAAGUACUUAAGUUGUAUGACAGAAUGAGUACCGAAAUGCAUUUAAUAAUUAUUAUAUUUAACUUAACUAAAUAAUGUGCCAUUCAUAGACACUAUUUUAAUCUCAGUUUUGUUACCAAUUUGUAAUAAUAAAUGUUAUUUCUACAUUAA